CUAGCGAAUGUAGCACGGUGCCCUUCUUAUAAUUGCGCUACAAGUCGCUGUGAAGACUUUUAUUCAGUUCCAACGCAGCCGAAUUCACAACAGAAGUCGCCGUUGUCUCUGUCGCUAUCGUAUUGUGACAGUAAUACUCCGAAUAGGUGUUUCUUAUCGCGCAUCCAGACCCCGAGGAGAUUUUUCCUUCAGAGAGAAAAGCAUGUUAGCCUGCACGGAAAUGAUCACCAUGUGUCUGCAGUCGGCCAAGCGCAAACAUGUUCAGACUCAACAUCAUCAUCAGCAGCAGCAGCAGCAGCAGAACAGCAGCGGUCGAGGGCUCAGCAUCCUUCAUGACAUAUUUCGCCGGGCAGACAAAAAUGAUGACGGCAAGUUGUCAUUUGAAGAGUUCAACGCUUACUUUGCUGACGGUGUUUUGACAACGGCACAGCUCCAGGAGCUUUUCUACUCCAUCGACGGGCGGCAGAAUAACAAUCUGGACACUGACAAGCUAUCAGAUUAUUUUUCUCAACACCUCGGGGAGUACGUGAAUGUCCUCUCAGCUCUGGAGAAGCUCAAUGUGGCCAUUUUAAAGGCCAUGUAUAAAACUAAAGAGGAGUACCAGGACUCCAGCGUCCUGGGCCAGUUCGUGACCCGCUUCCUGCUGCGACAGACGUCCGCUCAGCUGCUGUCGCUUCAGAGGUCGCUGCAAUGCGCCAAGGAGGCCGUGGACGAGGAGAGCGUCUCCGCUCUGAGAAAGUUGGAUACGAGUAGCCGAAGCUGCGGUCACAGGAUCCCUAACAACCUCUCACACAACGUCCCCCCACGCGCCCGAAACACAAACGAGGAGGCGGAGUCGAACUCGCAGAUUGCCCGGCUGCGGCGGCUGCUCGAUCAACUGGAGUGUCAGGGUCCCAAGUUGGAGCCUGUGAAGUUGGACACUCCCGCAGCCGCCGCAACAUCCCUGAAAUCUUUUGAUGCGUCGUCGGGUUGCCGACAGAACAUUCUGCUGCUCCAGAGGAAGAUGGCUGUGAACCACAGCGACGAGGACAACUUCCGGAAUGUUCUCAAGAGCUACGUCGAUGCCACGGCAGCCCACUCGGACAACCUGCACGUAUCCAUUCAGAAGGUUCCGGAAAAGUCCUCUUAUGUGAUUUAUGAGUUCUGGCGAGACCGCGCCUCCUGGAUGAGCUACCUGCAGUCCAGCAGCAGCAAAGACUUCCAGCGCUGCGUCAUCAACAUGAUGGAGGAGACUGAGGUGGUAUCCACGAUGUUGCUCCCAGCUUCCUGGUGGAUGAUGACUAACAACUGAAUCCAGACGUGUCAUGGACGCUGAAGCGACAAACGACCCACCCACCCGCAAGACUACACGCAGACAAACACACGCACGCACGCACGUACACACGCAGGCAAGGAGGAUUCCAAAAGCAUUCGUGUGUUUGAAGGCCGUGUCGCCACCCUGCCUGCUCCGGGAGCUCGUUGUCAUCUUCAGCUGCUCAUUGUUCCGCUUCGAGAUGCUACACAAUGUACAUACUGUAUAAUUAUGUCGGUUGUUGAAAACGUUUCUCCGGCAAAUAUGCAUGACGAUACUAAUAAUAAUGACGGUACUAGUAUAUCAUCUGUAUUUACAUUAUAUUGCGGGAAACGGCGGUUCAGAUUCAAGUCGCCAUUUUUAGGACUUGGCUAAAACGUAUGUACAGUAAGAUUCAAGUUGACUUGAACGCAUGAGACUUGACUUCACGUACAGUGCUGUAAACUUAAACGACAACACAUGACACCUUUCCUGUUUGCUUUCGAAAAUCAGCCAGGUGAUGUUUUUAAUCGAGGUGAGAAAAGGAGAACGGCAACGUGCAAGGUUUGAGACGCACCAACUCCGACAUCGACUUCGUCUGUCACUGCGAAACCCACAAAGACAGGCGAGUUACAUUAUCGUCACUUUUGAAGCGAACCGAUAGCUGGUCUAACAUGAACUAAGCGUCGUGCCAUUUAUGUUGAUUAGUUGUGAAGACAAAAGAAAUAGAUAAUACAGAGACUUGUUUCGGAACAAUUUAAAAACGAUGCCAUUGUGUGAUUUUUUUUUUAGUACAGCAAAUAACUUCAGUUCCGACGCUGAGUGCGAAGGGGUUAAUGGGCCCGUUAUAUGUUGCGACUGAGCAAGAUUGUAUGACUUUUGACUUAUGACUGUUGUGUUCCGGUUCAGAAAAUGGCCCAAACUUGUAAGCAAACUAAAGAG